CCUUGCUUCCUCUACCCCAAAGCUCCACCCUUCACAGAGACAGCCUGUCCCAGUACUUAACCUAAGUCCCUCCUACUUGGGACUUACAGAACCCUCAGCUGACAACAGCCCCAAACUCCCCAAGCUGCAGGAACACUAAACAUCUGUGUGCCCAGGGACUACAAGGCAAGAUCCUGAGAGGUCAGAAAUGGGAGAAAUGGAAGACUUUCCUGACAGCAGCGUGGAACUAGUGAAAGACAACUUCCGCCAACCACUAAAGUAUGUGAAGGGUGUUCCUCUCCUCAAGUACUUUGCAGAGGCUACAGAGACACUGCAAGACCUUCAAGCCUAUCCUGAUGACCUGGUUGUCAGCACAUACCCCAAAUCUGGCACCACGUGGGUGAGUGAGAUACUGGACUUGAUCUACCAGGGUGGAGAUCUAGAGAAGUGUCGCCGGGCCCCCAUCUAUAUCCGAGUGCCCUUCCUUGAGUUCAAAAGCCCAGGUGUUCCCUCAGGUCUAGAAGUUCUGGAGAAUACACCAGCCCCACGGCUCCUCAAGACACACUUGCCUGUGUCCCUGCUUCCCCAGAGCCUGCUGGAUCAGAAGGUCAAGAUGAUCUAUGUCGCCCGCAAUGCAAAGGAUGUGGCCGUCUCCUAUUACUAUUUCUACCACAUGGCCAAGGUACACCCUGAUCCUGGCACAUGGGACAACUUCCUGCAGCAGUUCAUGGAUGGGAAGGUGUCCUAUGGGUCGUGGUACCAGCAUGUGCAGGAGUGGUGGGAGCUGAGCCACAGUCACCCUGUUCUCUACCUUUUCUACGAAGACAUGAAGGAGAACCCCAAAAGGGAGGUUAAGAAGAUCUUGGAGUUUUUGGAGUGCUCUCUGCCCGAGGAUAUUGUAGAUCGAAUCGUCAAGCACACAUCCUUCAAGGAGAUGAAGAAGAACCCUAUGACUAACUACACCACCAUACCCACUGAUGUCAUGGACCACAAUGUUUCUCCCUUCAUGAGGAAAGGCAUCAUUGGGGACUGGAAAAACAUCUUCACUGUGGCCCAGAAUGAGCGUUUUGAUGACCACUAUGCUGAGAAGAUGGUGGGAUGUGGCCUCACCUUCCGCUGGCAGAUCUGAGUCACAGCAAAAACUAUUCCACAGAACUAACAGCACAACCAAACCAUGACCUUGAGAAUACAGUGUAAUGUAUUCAA